UCGCUCCCCCCUCGAGUCUGCUAUUCGUUCUCCAUCGACAGACACAUCACGAACUACUCGCCAUCCUCCAUCAUGCACUCUCUUCAGGGCCACCAUCCAACGAUCAUAGAUGGGUAUUGGAUCUGGGAAAUUGGCAACGUCCCAUCGAGUCCCGCAUCCCUCGACAUCAGGCUGGAUAUGCUCCUCUUUGACCCUUCUUCUGAUGAUCUCCCGCAGCAUCAACCCACCGAGAUCCAGAUCGAUCAGUAUCUACGAGACAAGACCAGCCCUUCGUACAAGCACUUGAGAGCCAGGUAUUGGCAACUCAUUCUGCCACUUGUCCGAGCAAAAUACGAGUCAACUCGGAAGCGCUAUGCUCAAAAGCGUAUCAAUCAACAAGACACUGCGUUCAUUGUUUUCGAGGGUCUGUUGUUAUCCACCUGGAGGUGCUUCAGCCACGAUCUUGUACCAGGGAACACGAGGAAUUUCGGACAUGUACAAUACAUGAAAGUAAUGUACGGAGGGGCCAUUUAA